CUUAGUAGCCCUUUUGGCAUACUGUGCUUUUGACAUUUUCUUUUGAAAUGGAGCUACCAUCUCCUUUGACAAAAAUAAAUAAGUGAUUGUUUUAGCGAUAAUAGAAAUAACGAGAAAUGCUGUGAUUGAACUGAUUACCACGCGCAUUAGUUGUAUAGAAAAUUUUCCUUUAAUAAGUCGCGUUCACGCGGGAGUAAAUAUUGUGUCUUUUUAAAUCAAUUCCGGGUUUUAAGCAAAUUUGUGGCAUUUUAACUGAGUGCGCUAUAAAUCACUUUGUGUGCAUGUUAAAAUUUAUUAAAAUAAUUUCCGUGUUUGUUUCUGCAUAAGGUACAUGGUAGAGACACAAGAUUGAAGUGGAUGUGUUUUUUGUUGGAUUUAUUAAAAGAUCAUAUGAGUUUUUUUAUUCGAUAUCGGAAAACUACAAUUAUCGGAGUGCUAAACCAAAUAUUAUAAUAAAGCGCCGAAACUAGCCUAACGUUUAUAUGUCAACGCGGUUGUAGGACGCGUUGUUUACUAGUGUUACGUUUGGAGAAUAUGUUUUCUUCUAUUAGUGUGUGCUAACUAUGGUUGCCGUAUGACAUUUUUCGUUAAAAUAUACCGAAGUUUUAGACCAAAUUGGUCAGUUGCGAGCAUUGUCAUGUGUGGAGUAAAGUGAAGCAUUUCGGUAUACAAAGAAUAAUACCUCACAAGUCAUUACUUUUACUCCAGUAAAGAAAUACAAAUUUUAAGGAAGCCCUAGCAACAUGACUGAAAUUAAUCGUUCGCCGAAUCCAUACACAACUAAAUUAAUUCGACAGCUUUUAAUAGUUGCUUUGAUAUCGAUUCAUUUAAAAAUUUCGCUUGCCAGUAAAAAUCCCUUCCGCAAUCCAAAUAUUUGCGGGUCUCCGCAAUGCGAUGCUUUUUACAAAAAAUUCAGUUUUAGGGAUAAGAUAUAUAAAUACGAAUACCACAUCGAUUUGACCACAGAGUUUUCUGGCACUGGCGGUAAUACAUCGAGCCUUUUUCUAAAGGCUACUUUAGACGUAUUUUUCCCAAAACCUUGUGAAGGAUUUCUUCGAAUAAAUGAUGUUAAACUAUGGGAUACUCAAGUCAAUCAAAAAAAAAUAGACAUUCCCAAUUACAAUGACAUCGAAGCCAUAAGUUCAAAUGAAGAUGAUUACUAUGGAGAAUUUUCAGACUCAACGACACAUGCAGAAACUCGUGAUGAUAAUGAUGAUAUGCACCCAAAAAGUUUCGAAAUGGCAAGAGAUCUACAAGAACAUUUAUUACGUUUCUCGUUUGAAGAUGGUUUAAUUACUGAAGUAUGCCCAAACUCUAAAGAAUCUGUUUGGGCGUUAAACUUUAAAAAGGGUAUAUUGUCAGCUUUUCAAAAUACAAUGUCGCGUUUUGAUGUGGAUUUUAAUACAACAGAAACAGAUACUUCAGGAGAAUGUAAUGUAAACUAUUCAUUAGAGGAUACUAAUGAUGUUUUCAUUCAGAUACGCAAAACAAAAGAUAUUAUUUCUUGUCGGAACCGUUAUUCAACAAACUCGAUAUUACAAACUACUCCAUACAAUUUUCGGGAUGAUAAAAACAUAUGGCCUAUACUUAACUCCAAAAGCUAUUGCAAUAUUUUUGAGUCUAUUUGUGUACCAGGGUAAUCUAUGAACCCUAGG